GGCAGCUGGAGGAAAGACAGGGGGCAAAGCACUGCUCUGACCUGUAAAAGAAAAAUAAUAAUUGUCUAUAAGAUUGUGUUUGAAACAAAACUAACCUUGAACAUUUGCAUGACAGGAUUGGGAAUCAGAUGCUCUUUUCCGUCUAUCAGCAAAUUGAUGAUUGAGGCUCUCUGCUGUCCAGAUUUAUUUAUUUUUUUCCAAUUUUAUGAGAUUAACUGAUUAUCAGCUGAUUAAUUUAUCAACAGUGGCACUGCAGUCUUCUGCAACCAUGUUAGAGAUUGUAAACAAAGUGUCACCCUAAGUGAACCAUCCUCGGUUUAUUUGUGCACAGUUCAGAAACCUCCGAGAACCAUAUAAAUAAUCAUAUAAUAUAAUUCUAAUAAUAGCAUAGAACCCUCCCCUUAGCCUUUUACAAUGUUUUAAUUUAAUUGUUACAUUUAACGGGAGAAUAAAUAAAUAACUACAAAUGAAUAGAAUUUUGGUACAGUGAUACAUAGAUAACAGUAGAAAGCAGGUACAUGUGUAUUUAUAUAGAUAGAUAGGGAUCAAUUAAUAGAGACUGCUUAAUCUCAUCAGGAAGAAAAAGUCACCCUGUCAUUUCUGCUGAAUACCUGAGAGGAACAGAUGAACACAUUAUUAUUGUUAAUGUUAGAUGAGAUUCAUUAUGUAUGGUUAAAUGACUUGGGAUCGACAUUCACAUUGAGUGUAUUCAUUAUUAAGAUCAUGAACUAUACUAUGGUACACCUCGCCUGUGCUGGGGUUAAGACAGGCGGAGUGAUAUGAUGAAAGGUGAUAAGGUGAUAUGUCACUGAUUGUGUUGGAUUGUUGAGUUAUAUCCUACAUGUUAUGUUGAAAGGGACAUUUAAGUACUUUCACAUUAAACUACAGCCCUCAAGAAAUCACGGCAUUGGUUAUUAUUGUUAUUAUAAUUAUUAUGUAUUUAUUAUUAUUUCUAUAAGAUGAGUAAACAGUGUAGAGCUCUCAUUUCUGAUUUAAUAACAAACCCAGCUCAUGUUAGCAGGAUGUACACACACACACACACACACACACACAGACCGUGGAUGACACCUUACCUUUGGUCUGAGAUGAGCCUUGAAGGAGCACCAGCAUGAGAAAUACCAAACGAAUUUCUAAUUUCAUCUCAUCCGCUGCAGAUCCCAGUGAAAGUGAGCUCUCAGCCAGUCUUCACUGCAGCUCAGCCUUUUCAGCUCUGAGGUUGUUUCCGUUACGUGAUUUGACAGGGAACAUCAUCACCGGCGCUAAAAAUAUCCUGAGGGAGUCGGGCAGAAGAGGAGGAGAAGCAGGGGUGGGGCCGCGUGUGUGUGUGUGUGUGUGUGUGUGUGUGGUGGGAGCAGCACAGACGGCACCAACAGCACCAACUGUGAGGUGAGAGAAGUGUCACUGAGCCCACUGCGUAUUCACGCGUCACCUCCCAGCUCUCUGCUCUUCCUCCCUCACACACGCUCUUCCUCUGCAUCCAUCCCUCUGACAUGAUGCAUCAGUUUGCAGGCGCUACUGCUCCGCCGCCCCAAUCAGGUGCCAGUGCGUCAGAGGCGCAGUUGUGUGCGUCAGGACAUGAGCGCCUGUUGUAGAGCGACUGUGUGGAGCUGAGGACAAGUUUCCACUGUGAUCCUUGUUAUUGCAUGUUUUUAUUAUUAUUAUCAUUAUUAUUAUUAUUUCUGGCGCGUGGAUCUGUGUCGAGGCAGUGGUAGAUGGAGACAUGUCAGUGUUUGCAGAUAAAAAAAAAAAAAAAAAAAAAAAAAAAAAAUCAGUGUGAGUGUGAACUUUUCUGCGCCCACAGAGGUCAGUGUGUCGUCACGCCCGAGCGCACUGCCCUCAUGUGUAACUGUAGACAGCUGAAUGACCCGCUGCGUCCUCUGUCAGCGCCGGGCUCUCUUGGACACGCUUGAAAGAAGGACAGCGAAUGCUCGACGCUCCGAUUAUUUUAUUCUCACCGAUCAGGUUUUAAUUUCCAAAAAGGCAAAUCCAGAGGCAGCAGGAGAAACCUCCAUGGAGCCUCCUCUUCCUCCUCCUCCUCCUCCUCCUCCUUCAGCCAGUCCUCCAGGAGAGUUGGAGUUAACGGUGGAGAAUGUGGAAUCGGCACUUUACCAGCUUUACUUCGAUCCAGACAUGGAACGCAAGAACUUGGCCCAGAAGUGGCUAACCCAAGCCCAAGGCUCUGCACAGGCAUGGCAGUUCUGCUGGGCCCUGCUCAGUCCAGACAAGCUUCCAGAGGUGCAGUUUUUUGGUGCCAGUACCCUUCACACCAAGAUCUCCCGUCACUGGAGCGACCUCCCCACAGACCAGCAUGAGAGCCUCAGGACUCAGCUCCUUUCCCACAUCUUGCACUUCUCCUCGGGGCCCAAAAUGGUGCUGACUCGCCUGUGUGUAUCGCUGGCUUCCAUGGCUCUUAAUUUAAUCCCCCAGGCUUGGUCCCGGCCAGUGGCAGACAUGGUGAGGGCAUUCCAACCGCAGAAACCUGCGUCUGAAGGUGGCUCUGAUGCGGACCCCUCUCCUGACCCGCAUACACACUGCCUGGCGCUGCUGGAGCUCCUCAGCGUUCUUCCAGAGGAGUUCCAGAGCAGCCGCCUGGCUCAGGCUCGCCGCUCACAGCUGAGAGAGGCCCUGACUGCCGAGUGGACGGUGGUGUGUCCAAUGCUGCGUCAGCUCCUUCAAAGCCAGGACUCAUCGGACCAGGUGAAGGAUAAGGUUCUGCGCUGCCUGUCGAGCUGGGUGGGCCUGGACGUGCCUUUGGGAGAGAGUCAUGAACUAGUCCAGGACUGUUUCAUGGCACUGUCCAAUCCAGAGCUGUUUGACACAGCUGUGGAGACAAUAGUGAAUGCCAUCUCACAGCCUGACUGCCAAAGGUAUGUGGAUGCUCUGGUGAACCUGAUGCCUCUGGUGCUGGGUCUUCACGAGCAGCUGAAGACAGCGGUGCAGGGCGGGGACAUGGAAACCUCACACGGUAUCUGUCGCAUCGCUGUUGCUAUGGGAGAAACACACUCCAGGGUUUUGUUGGAACAGGUGGAUCAUUGGCAGGAGUAUUUGGCUUUGGUCAACAUGAUCCUGUACUGUACUGGCAUUCCUGGUCAUUACCCAGUCAGUGAGACCACCAGCUCGCUCACACUUACCUUCUGGUACACUCUGCAGGAUGACAUCCUGUCUUUUGACGAGGAGAAACAGGCAGUUUACCUGCAGAUUUACAGGCCGAUUUACUUCCAACUGGUGGACGUGCUGCUGCAUAAAUCCCACUAUCCAUCGCAGGAGGAGUUCACUUCCUGGUCCUCUGACGACAAGGAGCAGUUCAGAAUUUACAGGGUGGACAUCUCGGACACUCUGAUGUACGUGUAUGAAAUGUUGGGGGCGGAGCUGCUCAGCAACCUCUACGACAGAUUGGGCAGACACCUCAUGGACCCCCAACAGUCGACAGUAUGGCAGGACACAGAGGCCUUGUUAUUUGGCUUCCAGUCCAUAGCUGAGACCAUAGACGUGAACUACUCUGACGUUAUCCCCGGUCUCAUUGGUCUUAUUCCCACAAUCAACAUCAGCAACGUUAUGCUGGCCGACACUGUCAUGUACACCAUAGGGUCCCUGGCCGAGUGGCUGGCCGAUCACCCAGUCAUGCUGGGUGGCAUAUUACCCAUGGUGCUCCAGGGUCUUUUGAAGGCGGAGCUGUCCGUGUCUUGUGUGUCGACACUUAAGCGGAUCUGCAGGGAAUGUAAACACGACCUCGGCCCCUUUGCUCAGGACAUCCUGUCUGUGUCACAGGAUGUCCUGGUUAAAGAAAUCCAUAAGAGCAGCCAGUGCAUGUGGCUGAUGCAGGCUCUGGGUUUCCUGCUGUCUGCUUUACCUCUAGACGAGAUCCUGGGACGACUUCACUCUCUCAUCACUCCUCACAUCCAGCAGCUGGAGACACUGGCCCAACAUGAGCCUAAUCCUACUAAUAAACAGCCUAUUGUCCACAUCCUGGGGAUGUUAUCGAGUCUUUUUACCAGUCUGGACAUCAACAGGCAAACAGAAGACUUUGACGGAGCAGCUGCUCCCAGAUUCACACCCUCACAGUCCAUGGAAAACCCAGUUGUGGUCGUGCUGCAACAGCUGUUCACUCUGAUCCAGACCAUCCUCAGCAAGUGGCUCGAUGACUCUGAAGUCGUAGAGGCAGUGUGUGGGGUCUUUGAUAAAUCAGUUCGAACCCUCCUCCAUGAUUUUGGGCCCAUGGUGGCUCAGCUGAGUGAGAUGCUGGGCCAGAUCUAUAGCGCCUUCCCACAAGCCUCUGCUCUGGACCUGACACGACAGAUGGUUCACAUAUUUGCCGGCGACGAGCAUCACAUCUUUUACAUCCAAAGCCUCAGUGAAGUGUUGACUUCAGCGACGCUUACUAUAUUUCAACAAGGUCCACGGGAUCAUCCUGAUAUCGCUGAGUCAUUUAUGCACCUUCAUGCUCAGAUUCUUAAAAGGAAGCCCGAUUUGUACCUGUCUAACCAGCUGGAUAAAAAAGCACUGUUUUACUGUGGAAUUCUGUCACUCAAGUUUCCAGAGACGCCCACAGUCAAAGCUGCCAGUCUGUUCUUUACAGAGCUGCUGCCCCGCUGUAAGGACAUGCCUGCGCUCGGUGAAGUGCUUCAGAGGGAUGGAAAGCUCCUGACAGAGACCAUCCUCCAGGCGGUUGGCGGCAGCUCUCCUCGCAGUCUCACGGAGCAUUUCUCUGAGGUGCUGCUGAGUCUUAACCGACACUGUCCGGCUUUAUUGUCUCAGUGGUUAAAAGAAACACUACAGACGCCAGGAUUCCCUUCUGCUCAGGUCUCUGCGGAACAAAAGCACACCUUCACUCAGCAGCUUCUAAGGGAGCAAAACAACAAGCGUCACGUGAAGGAGGUUGUAAAGGAGUUUUCUCUGCUCUGUCGAGGCCUGCAGGGCUCUGGAUACUCAGAUUACUAAUCUGAGCCUGCCAGUGUUAAAUCUGACAUUUUCCUUCCUCAGG